GACACCAUGUCGCAGUCAGCGUUGCUUCUGUUGAUUCUAGCAGCGACCGUGCGGUGCGCCCCAGGCGGUGCAGUGCAGCAGAAGAUGUCGGUACCACAGGGACGCAUAGUCAACGGCGAAGAAGCGGAACCAGGGGAAUUUCCUUUCAUGCUGUCGUUGCAGCAGGGUGAGGCUCACUGGUGCGGCGCCUCCAUCUUGAACGAGCAGUGGGGGAUCACCGCAGCCCACUGUCUCAAACAGGUCAACCCAUACGGGGUGCUGGCUGGUACCAUCCAACUGAAAGAAGGGGGCAUGAGACACAACGUGACAGAGAUAUACAUUCAUGCAGAUUAUAACGCCUCUGAUUCCUAUGUCAAUGAUAUAGGGGUAUUCAGGGUGACGCCAGAUUUUCAAUUUGAUGGCGAGAUAGUGGCGCCAAUACCGCUGCCAGAGCAGGGGGAACUGCUUCCAGAUGGCGUCAACAUCACUGUCAUGGGCUGGGGAGAUCUCUGGGCUGGAGGGCCGCAUCCAUAUUCCCUGCGAAAAGUGGACUUAACAACAGUCAACCAAGAGGAGUGCCAGGCGGUGUGGGCCACAGAGAACGACCCCAUCUACGAUACGCAGUUAUGCGUUGCUCGUUUUGAAGACAUAAACUACGACUCCUGCACCGGUGAUUCAGGCGGUCCGCUGGUCUACGAGGGAAAGCUUGUGGGGCUAGUGUCGUGGGGCUACAGGUGUGCCACCCCUCCCUACCCCUCGAUUAACACCCGAGUCUCCAGCUACGUCAACUGGAUCACCGAGACCACCAGUGGAUCAGUGGUGCCGAACUAGUACCGUUGUAAAUGUAUGUGAAUACAGUUUUCAAAUGCUGAUCAAAAUUACUGUUACUGCGAUAAGUUAUCAAUGUCAAUAUAUGUCUACAACUGAUAAUAAAAUUCUGU